CAGUUGCAAAGCGAUCGGCGUGGUGAACAUACGUACAAAUGAAAAGUUGCGGUUAGUGAACGCUUGGGCAAGCAAUUAAGCAGCGAGCGAACGAGCGAGUAAGCAAAGUAAGCGGUCAGCGCACAAGUUCGUGGCUUAAGUCUUUCGUUCGUUUUCACUUUUCGCUUAACGGUGUGACUUGAGCGCCGGCAUACAAACACACAUACAAAUAGGAAUACAAAAAUACACACGGAAUUGCAAACAAUAAUGAAACUUCCUGUAAAAUCGGCGACAAACUAUACAAAAACAUUGUAAGCAUUCGAAAGAUAUUAGACGGAAAAUGCAGAUAAUAAAACGCUGACAGCAAUAAAAUCGUGUGAAUAGUAAAAGUAAUAAAAAUUACAGUGUCGAGUGAUACAUAAGCAUAUAUAUGGAUAUAUAAGUAAAUGUGAUUAGACAUUGGAUAGUGAAACGAUCGUGAUAAAUAAAUGUGCAAUUACAAAAAAAAUUAUAAAAGAAAACCAAUAAAAAUAAGCAGCGACAAUAACAAACCCAACAACAACGCGACGAACCAAUAAAAAAUUAAUUGCAACAAAAUCGUAAUUAGCAACAGCAAAAGCAAUAACGACACAUUUUCUUUUCUGCUGACAGCGCAAGGUGUUGCAUUUAAGCGCUACUUACAACAACAACAACUUAUGUGUUACAGACGUGUGUGGCAGUGUUGCAUCCCAGUGCUGAAGAGAAUGUGGGAAUUGUGAGCUUUAAUAUAUAUAAACUCCUUGUGUGUUUUAUAACAACAACAAUCUGUUUUAAACGACAACUAUAACUGUAGCAACAAUAACAACAACAAAUCGCAUUACAACGACACAUCAGCAGCAAGCAUAACGCACAACGAAAGUGAAAGCAAAACUAACUGUACAUUGAAAGCGCGAUAAAAAAUAUAUCGACCCAACAGACAAAUACCGAAACGCUUAAGCGGCUUAACGCAAAAAAACGCUUUUGCUAACAUUGAAACUAAAUAGCAACAAAAAGUAUAUACGCAUAAGGCGAACCAAAAAUUAAAUAAACUAAAAACUCAAAAAACCAUAACACAUUUAUUGGCAACGGAGAUAACUAAUAAUAAUCGAAAAAAAUAUGUUCGAGAAAAAACGCUUUGAUUCGAACGAAAUUACUAACAACUAAAACGAGCUCUUCCUCAUCAAAAAGGUGUCAUCAAACAGCGAUUAUUGCACAUAAGCACAUAUGCCUACAAACAUACAUAUCUACAUAUAAGAGCAUAUAUAUUGGCCAAAUUUAGCAUAAGAAUAAGCACAUUCACCAAAAACGGGACAAAAACACAACAACAACAAAAAACUAACAAAGGUGAUCAAAUUCAAAAAAAAAAGAAGUAAAAAAUAAUUCAAAACAUCCAAACAAACGGUGGUGUUGACCUCAACGAACAACGACUUCACUCAAACGCCGCCGCUAAAAACGACUCAACUCAAACGAAAAUACUCAAGCGACCAAAGAACUCACUCAAACGCUACGCACCGCAUCCAUCACACGCUUUGUCAUUGAAACGCGCGACAGCUCCAAUGAUUUUCGAAUGCCGUUAUUGAUGCUCCAUAAAUUACAUAUAUACAUACAUACAUACAUAUAACGGUAUAUAUGACAAAUUUUGCUUUUGUUUAAUUAAAAUUUUGUUUAUACAAAAAACAAAACAAAUCCAACAACAACAACAAAAUGAACUAUGAAAAGGCCAUCGGUGAAACGCAGCCGUACGAGAGCAAAGGCAGCUACAACAACAACAACAACAACGCAAAUAGCAUACAAACAUUUUGGAAUGAUCAAAUAAUGGAGCGUUUCAUAAAGGCCAAUUUAUUUAUGAUUUGCUGUGUGGCAGCCGGUUUGCUACUGAUCGUCUAUUUGGGUGCAUUCUCAUGCGAAGUGUCUUGGAUAUUGGAAGCACACGGUGAUUUGCCGAUGUCAUCGUAUAUACUUUGCACACAAUUCUUCAUCGUUUUUGUGGCAACAACAAUACUCAUACAUGGACUGGUCACCGGGUUGCCGUGGGGUCUAUUCGCAUGGUCAGUCGUUAUUGGGCUACUUUCAAUACCGGAACUGAUAUUUGUCAUGAUUAUGACAACGCAACAUUGGGGUCUACAAUCGGUGCAUGGACUCACUGAGCUCAUUUCCUACCUCGUAAGACUGGUGAUAAAUUGUUUUGCGUUGAUUUGUGUGAUACCAACCGGUAUAAGAUGGCGCCGCGAGACACAGGUGCUGACACAGCUGCAGGGCUUGGCCACACGUCUCCAGCUGCAGACGCCGCCACCGAGCGUGCCCAUCGUCAAGGCCGACUCGCGACGUGCCAGCAAACGGCGACAGAGCGCCGGCUUCGAGAAUGCCGGCUACGAGGUGAGCGAACCGACCAAGAUCAAUAUGGGCGGCUCGCAGGCGCAAGGUCUCAACAUGUACAACAACAGCAAUCCGUUGUUUGGCUCACAAAAUGAAUUCAAUGCGGCGAUCUUCAUGCCACAGUACAUGCAACAGUUCAACGGCCACGCUUACGGUCACGGUCAUAACGGCGGCGUCGGCGGUGGAGGUGGCGUGCAGAUGCGCAACGCCGGCAAUCGCGCUCAAUCGCUAAUGGAUCUGCGCUGCACACUUCCCGGCAUGUAUAAUCCGCGCUAUGUGCUCGACACCGAGGACAAGAAUGGCAAGUACUUCAACAUCACCAUUGACGACCUGAAGAACAGCAUACAGGACUCGCACAAGCAGCAUCAGCCCCCAUCGUCGGUCAUUGGUUCGGUUAACGACCCGAUCUAUUGUUCGAUCGAACCGAAGUUGCCGACACCGCCGCAGCAGCGUCAGCGUUCGCCCGAGAAGUCCGUGCAAUCGUCGUCUUCGUCGGGAAAGUUGACGCGCAACUGCAUUUCGCUGGAGAAUUUGGACGGCAUUACGAAGGUGCAAAACGAAUUGGCCGCCUACGGCAAUAAUCUGUUGCAGAACUACACACAACAACAGCAAUACUAUUUGGCCAUGCUGAGCGGUUACUUGAACAAUCCGGUGCACGGCACUGGGGUGUAUCGUCGCCCGUCGAGCGGCUCGGCGGUGGGUCCCUUCUCGGGCACCGUGUUAGCGCAACCGCUGCCGCGUCGCAACUCACAGCAGCUGCAGUACUACGGCGGCUUCGACUAUGCGAACUACACGAAUCCCUACAUAACGGCGAACAGUAAGCUAUCGCUGGGCAAUGAGUCCGAUGAUUAUCGGAAGUAUCGCGAUGUGGCGCUGUAGGCGCACACAGGAGAUGAUUCUUAGGUUAUGUGUUUAGGUGCUAGAAAAUGAGUCAAUGUUUACAGUUAGCUUUUAGUUUGAGGUUAGAUUAAUUUUUCGUUAAAUGUAUAAAUGUAGGACGUGUAUGUAGUUAUUAUUGGGCUUAAGCCACAUGCACUGAUUGACUAAAUAAAUUUUGAGGUUAUGAAGAGUAAUUAAAUUUAAAAAUAAUAAUUAAUGUAAAAAAAUAUGUAUUUGUAAAUGUAUAAAUAAAUGAAUUGGAAAAAAUAAUAAUAAUAUUA